CAGAUUCUAGUUUACUAUUUGAAAGAUUAUUCUCUGGAUGAGAGUGUCAAAGUGAAAGCUGUUUUAAAUGACAACAAAUUGACAGUGGGUCUUAAAAAUUUAUGAAAUCAACCAGGAAUCUACCAUGUAUCUGUUCCUAGACUAGGACCAAUAUUCAGAAUUAAUGCUAUCGCCAUAAGCCUAGUCAAGAAUGCUAGGACUGGUUUGCCGAAGGUGGCGAGUAUGGUUAAAAUGAUAGGAAUGAAACAAUGCUAAUUUAUAAUUUCUGCGCAUUUGAAGAUUCUAAGAUGUACCUACUAGUCAUUGCUGUUGAGAGCCUGCCUGGAAAGGGCCUUAUAUUUAUUAUUUUAUUUUUUUUCUUCAAGAAAUUAUCAUCUAAAAGAUGGACAAUCCUUGCAUAUCAAUUUGCCAAAUUAUUUCAAAGAUGGCAAAAGAGAUCUUAAAGUGAGUCCAGAAUCUGUAUUCAGUAUUGAUGUCUCGCCUAUAUUAUACAUUGAGAUGGAUUUAAAAGCAACCUUUACUCCAGAAAUCAAGGGAAGAUACCAAAUAUCAUAUAAAAAUUUUAGACAUACCAUUAAUCUAUUCCAUUUUUUAGGAACACAGAAAUUAAACUUAGUAGAGGGCAAGGAAUACAACAAAACCUUUAUAUUUAAUGAUGGAAAAGAAAUAGAAGCAUCAGGAACUGCGUGGUUCAAAGAUGCUGGAAUUCAAUAUAUCGACCAUAACUAUGAAAUCCAAUAUCUAGAACUUAUUGUUCAGAAAACUUCGAAAAUAUUUUACGAUCUUAACAUUAAGCAUCCGAAUUUUCUGAUAAAAGCAAAUGGGAUUGAUGCCGGUAAAUCACAGAUAAUUGCAAGGAAUGGAAAUAAGGAUGAGCACGAUUUCAGUACCACAAAUGUAGAUGGAAAAUUAUAUUUAAAAGUUACACCGAUGCUUAGAGAUGCUAUAUCCAUCGAUAUUAGAUUUGGUGAUUACAAGAUAUUGACCGUUCACCUAGCUCCUCAAAAAACUGUCAUUCUAGAAAGCAAACGGGAUUCGGCACUUUACUUAGAAGGCACAUGUAAUAGCUCAGAAAUUGAAUGGAUCUUCCCUAACAAAUCCAAGCGGAGCAUAGAGGAGCCAAUGAAUCGUCUUAUUAUCAGAGCAAAUGACGGAUUUGAUGGUUUGACAGUUGUCAAAUGUAGGAACAGGCCAAUCAUGGCCUGGUUAGUAAUUUCCUUGGGGACGGAAGAUCUAACGUUGAACAUGACAACCAAUACAGCAAUACUAACAAAUGCUAAAAGAUUCCUGACACAAGACAAGUGUUAUCAUAAGUCGUUAAGGAUUGAAAUGGAGAAUACAGAAAUAGAUGCUAAAGAUGGUUUCAACUGUGAUUCUAAUACUCUAAAAUUAGUAUUCAAAAGUUUCACGUUAGAUUUGUUUAAGAAAUCUCUUUCGUUUCCGCUAAAUAUUGAAGGCCGUCAUGUAGUGAAUAUUCGCUUUGUUUAA